UCCUCUCCUCUAUUUAGAACACAAAAAAUUAUAAAGGAGCAGAAACCUUACACGACCAAAGAGCUCUUCAAAAAACAAUGCCCCUUUACAACGGCCAAACUAGAAUGUCCCUUUUGGCGAAAUGUUACGAAAUACGAAACUGUAGACAAAGUUGUUGCAGAAGAAAACAAAUUUGUAGCUUGCUGUGAAGGAUAUUUUCUGAAAAACAAUGAGACAUGCUUGCCCUUAUGUAAGGAUCAGUGCAUUAACGGAAACUGUACUGCGCCCGACGAAUGUACUUGCUGGGAAGGAUACAAUAAAUCACCAGAUGAAACCAAUAUAUGCAAUCCUUUUUGCACUUCCUGUGUUAAUGGAGAUUGCAUAGAACCAAACAAGUGUCAGUGUCACAAGGGCUACGUUGAAGAUCCCGAAACGCAUAUUUGUGAACCUUUCUGUGGAGACGAUAAAUGCGGAUUUGGACACUGCCAGGAACCCCACAACUGUAAAUGCGAUGCAGGAUAUGAGAAAGACGGAAAUGGAACAUGCACCAUAAAAUCCUGUGUAAGCAAAUGUAAUGGAGGAAAUUGCAUAGACGGGAAUUGUGAAUGUCCCAUUGGGGCGGAAUGGUCAAAUGAGCUACUCUCUUGUGUAUGUCCUACACUUCCAACCACGCUUCAGUCUCAAACGCAGAGAGAAACAAGCACGAUUCCUAACACGAUCCCUAAUACGAUAGCUAGCACGAUCACUGAGGAAAAUACGAGAACGGAAACUGUAGAAAGUCCUUCAGAUGAUUCAGGGUAUGACAAGGACCUUUUAAUUAAGGGACUUUCUGGAAUAAUUCUGAUACUUUUACUUACUAUUUUCACAAUUUUAACAAUAAUUUGGUGGGAAAAACGAAAAGAAUCUCAAAAUUACAAUUCAUCUUAUACUAUGAGAUAUCAAACAGACCAAGUCUUGAUUCAACCUGUGGAAAAAUGUUAAAAGCAUGGCGGUUUACCAUUAUGUACAUUAUGUUCUAUAAAUUGAUUAUCAUGAAAAUGUAUCGAGGACCGUAAACGAAUUUUUGCACAAGAGAAAAUAAAUUUUAUUAAUAGAUUAAUUCAAUAUUUAUAAAGCUUUGAAAACAAAACUAAUUAUUUUUAAUGUUAUUUUAAAGUACUGAUUAUUGUGAAUAAAAAAUGUUUAAAAACUUUUUCAAUAAAAAAAAAAUUGAAAUCUA